AUUCAACGUUCAACGUCGACAGAAGACCAUAACCCGAAAGCGGAAAAGACUUUUAUUUUGUCUAGCGAUAUGACAUCAUCAGGCAGCGCCGCGGUCCUGCGUCUGUGAUUCCACUGAAAAAAGGUGAUUUAAGGCCAUUAACUCACUGGACUGACUCCCUCACCAGUGUACUGACUACAGGGAGCUGAUUGAGAUGCACCCAGAGAUUCAGUUUGGAUUUAUUUUUCUUUCUGUUAAUUAUUCUGAUCUUAAACAGGAAAAAGUGUCCAAACACACAUGAAAACUCCUGCUGAAGCAACUGAGUUUGACGUGACACACUAUUAUAAAGAUGGCGUUUAUUAAAGAGGAGAGUGAAGACAUGAAGAUUGAAGAAACAUUCAGAGUCGAACAUGAAGAUACUGAGGAACAAAUAAACAUUGUGUUUAUUAAAGAGGAGAGUGAAGACAUGAAGAUUGAAGAAACAUUCAGAGUCAAACAUGAAGAUACUGAGGAACAAACAGACUUGAUGGCACUGAAAGAGGAGAGUGAAGAACUGAAUGAAACGGAAGAGAAACAUCAUGAUUUCAAAACUGAAGAAAAAUCGAUUAGUUCCUCACAGACUGAAAAGAGUACUUCACGAAAAGAAGCACAAAAAAUACCAACUACCAACCUUAAUUCCCCCAUGCGAAUCCAUACUGGAGAGAGCUCUUUCACCUGCCAACAGGGUGGACAGAUUUUCAGUCAAAAAGAGAGCCUUAAAGUCCACAUGAAAAUUCACAAUGAAAAGAAGCCGAUCAUAUGCUCUCAGUGUGGAAAGAGUUUUACACAGAAAAAAAAUCUUAAUGCCCACAUGAGAAUUCACAUUGGAGAGAGACCUUACACCUGCGAACUGUGUGGGAAGAGUUUCAUACGAAAUGGAGGUCUUAAGAUUCACAUGAGAACUCACAGUGAAGAGAAGCCUUUCAAUUGUUUUCAGUGUGGAAGGAGUUUUACACUGAAAAAACUCCUUAAUGCCCACAUGAAAGUUCACACUGGAGAGAAGCCUUUCACCUGCCACCAGUGUGGCAAGAGUUUCGGAUUAAAAGGAAACCUUCAGACUCAUAUGAAAAUUCACACGGGAGAGAAUCCCUUUGAAUGCAUUCAGUGUGGAAAGAGUUUUAUACAGAAAAAGCAACUUCAUUCCCACAUGAGUAUUCACACUGGAGAGAAGCCGUUCACAUGUGAUCAGUGUGGAAUGGGUUUCAGAUAUAAAGAAAGCCUUAAUUAUCACAUUAGGAUUCAUUCAAGAGAGAACAGUUUUAUAUGUCAUUAGUGCGAAAGGUGUUUCACAGACAAGAAACACCUUAAGAAACGUGCUAAAAUUAACAUUGGAGAGUAACCUUUCAUGUGCAAUCAUUGUGGAAAGAGUUGCUCAAGAGAAGAAAACCUUAAGGAUCACAUGAGUUCACACUGGAGAGAAACCUUUUACAUACCUUCAGUGUAAAAUUAGGUUCACAUAUCCAACAUAUUCUUGCAGUAAAAAUGGGCGUGGCCAUUUGUAAUUCUUAUGGGACUGGCUUCCAGUCUCAUCCGCGUCCAGCUAUUUUUAGCUGUACAAAACAGCUAGUUUUGCUGCUUGUCAGUGUAAUACUUUUUUCCCUUUUCACAUAGAUACACAAAUGUAAGAUUCUGUUUGUUAGACUCUCUUAGUUAAAGAGUGUGACAAGAAAAAUGUUGUGAAAUAAUAGGGCUGUGCGAUUUGGGGAAAAUAUCUAAUUGCAACUUUUUUUUUCUUUUUUUUGGACCGAUUGCGAUUUGAUUUGCGAUUUUUAAUUUUGCAAAGUUAAGCUUCAGCUCAAUAUUGUCAGUAGUGUGCAGCACAGUAUGGGUAUUGUUCUUUGCUGAAAAAAAACAAUAGAAACCAUCACACAAUUUCUUUUUGUAGUGUGUUUUAGGCAUUAUUGCAAUAGGAAUUACUGUUGUUCUACUGGUUCCCAUCUGCCAGAUUACAUCCCACCAAUAGAAUCCAUCAAAUGCCAGUAGACACCAUUAUAUUAAAACCAAUACAAUUCCCAUUAUAACCAUUUAUAAUUAUAACCCAUUACAUUUUCUAUUGUGUUUUGGGAGGGGUUCUAUUGUUUUUUCAGCAGGAAAGAUUAUAAUGGUAUUACUACUUUUACAGAAUUUACUUAAUUACUGAAUUUCACCAGAAAGAUUUGUUUAUUUUGUGUAAAUAAAGAACUUUAUUACUUUAGUCAAUUAUUCAAGUAUUACAUAAAAAUGAAUAAAUCAGCCUAAGUAUUUGGGAUUUUAAGAACAAGUGGAAAAUGUGCUGAAUGUUUCAUUUCAUCCAAGUGAAAUUAGCAAAGCAGUUAGACUGAAUUUACAUUUGUUUCAAACGCGGAGCCAGGCGCGAGUUGACACAGGUUGCACACGUGCGUCAAGCCUCGUCCAUACUGCCAGAUGCGCUCGUGCGGAGCCGGGCUCAAGACCACGAGUAUAAACAAGCAUUACGAAACAGGCUGCGUGUGUGCGGCAAGUGUAAACUGCUCGUCCGUGAGACGCGGGAUAUGCACCGCGUGGGGCAGAGAGGAGCGAGUAUGAGAAGCAUUCAGAGACUCAGGCUGUGUGUGCGGUCUUCUGAUUUGGGAAUAGCGAACAUGCAUUAUAAACUUAUUUCAAAUUAGAAUCUGUUGGGGAGAUAAAAUGUGUAAGAUAACGUUCAUGUACUAAUAAAAACAAAUAAGAAAAUGUAUAUUUUAUUCUCCAGUACUAAAAGCAGAACCGAUAAGGGAGCUUGUGGCGAGUGGGGCGGGGCCGAGAGCCGUGGGAACGGAGCGAGGCCGGUGGAGUUAAUGAUAAUGAGCGACACCUGCACCACUCGCCGGUCUCGAGUCCCACGGAGGAGCUCCGGAAGGAUAAAAGGAGGAGUGACGACAGUGGAAGACGAGAGAGGACCAGGCCUGGACUUUUAUUUUGUAUUUUAUGUGCGGCAGUCGUCCGUGAGGGGCUGCCGCUUUACUUUUAUGUUUGUUUAUUUUAUUAAAACGUUGUUUAAAUGUUCGCCGGUUCCCGCCUCCUUCUUCCCGAUCUACGAACUGUGUUACAGAGCUCUUUUGCGUUGUUUCGCGUCCACAUCGCAGACUUUGCGAUUAGUAAAAUCGCAACAUCUCAAAUCGCGAUUGCGGUUCGAUUUCGAUUAAUCGCACAGCCCUAGUGUGAAAUCAAUGCUACGUUUACACUGCAGUUGAAUCCGGGCUACGUCUGAUUGUCACCUUCAUGACUACUUAUUUUAUUUCUUUUAUUUGCAGCCUUCAUCUCUUUAUACUUCACCAAAAGGUUUUUUUAUUUUCUAUUGUGCCCCACACAGCAAAA